AUGCAGUACAUCACCGCUAUCCUUGCCCUUGCCGCCACUGCCUUCGCCCUCCCCGGCGGCCACGGUGGCCACCAGGAGAACGAGGCCGGCAACGUCUGCGCCUCCAAGCAGACCGUCGUCUGCUCUGGCCAGGGCAACGGUGGCCUCAUCACCCUCGGCAACGUCCUGCCCGGUGCUCUGGGCGAGAACUGCGCCGCCGGCGACGUCUACUGCUGCUCGCACGACGAUGUCCAGCAGUCUGGCCUGGUCAACCUGGACGUCAACGCCCAGUGCUCGCUCAACCGCGUCCUCUAA